AUGGCUUCGCAGCAGCUCUGUCCCGUCCCAAAACCGGUCGCUAUCUUCGACCAGUUCAUUGCUCAACAGACUGAGGUGUUAGCUCUGAAGGAGAAGGUCUUAUCCCUCUCUGGAGAUAGUUUCGAUGUGAAACUUGCAAAUGGCCAGCCCAUAUUCCAGAUUAAAUCCAAGCUUAUGAGCUUUCAUGGUCGCAAGUCUGUCUUUGAUAUGGCGGGCAAGCACCUGUUUGAAAUCGUCAAAGAACAUCUGCAUAUUCAUACUACAUUCGCGGCUGAGGAUCCCAAUGGAAAGAAACUACUCGAAGUCAAGAGCAGCUUUUCAUUGGUGGGCUCUAAAACAAUUGCGACAUUUACGUCGCCCAGGACUGGCAGCACAGAAAUAUUGCAAAUGAAGGGUAACUGGUCAGAUACUAAGGUUGACAUUGUUAAUGAAGCCACGGGUGUGGUAGUGGCCAGGAUCGACCGCAAGUUGUGGCGAGGUCAUGAGUUAUUCUUCGACAAGCAGACCUACGCUGUUAUGGUAGCGCCUGGGGUUGACCUCGCGCUGAUCGCUGCCCUGUGUGUCUGCUUCGACGAGAAGAAUAAUGAGAAUUAG